AUGACUGUUAUUGCUUCUUCCACGGAGGUAAAACUCACGUUUAUACCUCGUAAGUUGCAAUAUAGUAGCAAAUAUGCUAACCUAUGGAUGAUCAUCUUGCCUCCACAAACCUUAAAAAACUUACGGGUUGUUCAUGGGACUCUGUGUAUGGCGAGAGUUGAAGAUAGAAGGGUGUGUAUUUUGAUUCAAAGUUCCGUAGAAUCCGAUGCAGAAUACAAUAAUCUGAAGCCACCUAAAGCAAUUACCACUGAAGAGGUACUAAUGAGUCUGAAUGUUUCUGGUAAUACGAAUGUUUCAGUCAACUUAUGUCCGCUAUCUGACGUUGAAUUUGCAUCCUCAAUUGAAUUAAGUUAUGUUGAACAUAUGGAUCAAAAGGAAGGUAUGUGGAAAAGUAUUAGUCAAAAUUAUCGUGAAAAUAAUGUCAGUGAUUCACAUUCUUGGUUGGAAUCUAUGGACGCUUCACAUUUUACAAACGAUCUACAUCCUCCAUCACAGUGGUGGAAUUCAUUACUAACCGGGGAAAUGAAUUAUGUUAUUCGAUAUUCUCUCUCUGGAUCAAUAUUAUUCCAUGAGAAUGUUAUAUCCAUGAAUUUGAAGGGUAUAUUGGUGCGGUUCAGGGUCUCUACAAUAAGACCCUUGCAUUCAAAAGCUGUUUUAAAAAUUACUAGUGACACGGAUGUAAAUGUUACGCUUGACCAUAAGUUUAAACCAUCUGAUAAUGUUAAAAGUAGAAACAAUCAUGUAUUAGCUGGAUUAAAAAAACAAUUGGAGAUUCUAAAAUGGCAUGUUAUAUAUCCCCUAAUAUAUGAUAAAUAUCAAUCCUUGGGGAUAUAUCCACCUUCUGGUAUUAUUUUAUACGGUCCUCCCGGAUCCGGAAAAACCCUUUUGGCUAAGUCUAUUGAACAAGAUUAUAAAUCUCUAUUUGGUAUAACCGAUGAUUUAUGUCAUGAAAUAUGUUUUAAAAGCAUAAAAUCUAGUGAUCUAAUAAGCUCAAUAGUUGGAAAAACUGAGGAGAACCUUAAUGAAUUAUUUAAAGAGUGUGAAAACAUUUCUAAAACUAAAAAAUGUAUUUGCUUUAUUGACGAAAUUGACAUACUUUGCCAGAAGCGUGAAACAGGCAAUGAUACUAACAGACGAGUUGUUACAUCAUUUUUAAACAACAUGGAUAGUAUAAAAGGUGCCAUAAAUUAUACGAUUAUAGGAAUGACAAACGAUAUAAAUUCCAUGGAUUUAGCUUUGAGAAGACCUGGCAGGUUUGAUUUAGAAAUUGAAAUUGGCGUGCCUACGCAAGAUGACCGCUUGGAAAUUCUUAAAACAUUACUUUCUAAUAUAAACCAUAGUUUAACUGCGGAUAAAAUUCACUAUAUCAACGACUUUUGUCAAGCGUUCGUUGGUGCUGAUAUAAAAGCUUUGAUAGCCAAUGCAUCAGCUGCGCAUUUGAAUAGAAUAAAAAAUUCUAUUGAAAAUAAAGAAACAUCUGUGGAUUCUAUGGUAACUUUGGACGAUUUUAAAGAAGCUAUAAAGAUUACCAGACCGUCUGCGCUAAAAGAACUCUAUAUUCAAAUUCCAAACGUAAAAUGGGAAGAUAUAGGAGGUUAUGAAACGGUAAAGCUCUCCUUAAAAGAGUGUGUAGAAUAUCCACGUACAUAUGGCCAUUUUUAUGAAGCUUUACACAUACAGCCACCAAGAGGUAUACUACUUUAUGGCCCUCCUGGAUGUAGUAAAACACUUAUGGCAAAGGCAGUAGCUACAGAAAGUCAUAUGAACUUUAUCUCAGUUAAAGGACCAGAACUAUUUUCUAAGUGGGUUGGAGAGUCAGAAAGAGCUAUACGCCAAUUAUUUGAAAAGGCGAGAACAAAUUCCCCAUGUAUAAUUUUCUUCGACGAAAUAGACUCUGUUGCCAUUAACAGAGAGGAUUCUGAAUCUACAGGUGUUGGUACUCGUGUUUUAAGCCAGUUACUUAACGAAAUGGACGGGAUUAACGCUCUGAAACAAGUGAUCGUAAUAGGUGCCACUAAUAGGCCAGACAUGUUAGAUCCUGCCCUUAUAAGACCUGGAAGAUUAGACAGACUUGUAUAUGUUCCACUUCCAGAUUUUGAUGCCAGAGUAUCGAUAUUCAAGAUCUACCUCGGUCGACUUUUGUCUGAUUUUAAUGUAGACGAAGUAUCACUAGAACUAGCUGAAAAGACGGAAAAUUAUAGCGGAGCCGAAAUUGCAUUACUCUGUAAAGAAUCUGCAAUGUGUGCAUUGCGUGAACAUAUAAAGUUAAUAGAUGACAAUACUUCAGACAGUUUUGAACGAACUGGUAUUAGAAACAAUGCAUUCCCAGUAUCAAAAUCGCAUUUGAUUGAUACGCUAUCGCAUAUAAAACCUCGUACCAAAAAGAGUACCAUACGAUUUUAUGAAGAAUAUAGUAUGAAUCAUCCAUUUUAA